UUUCAGUCUGGCUUGCACAUGCUGUCAGAAGCUAGUGGGAGACAGUUUUCUUUUUAAUGCAGAAAAGAGGACAAGCUUUUACUAGUCUGUAGACUGAGUUUUUUGGGAAGAAAAUGAAGAGUACUGCCAGGCCUUGGAGUGCAGUGGCAAAGCAAGGGAGUCAUGCGGUUGACAGGGGAAAACCACUUUCUACCACCUCAACAGGAAUGAAGACAUCCAAGUCCUCAACUUCACUUGCCUUUGAAUCUCGGCUCAGCAAGCUGAAGAGGGCAAGCAGCGAUGACACGCUGACAAAACCAGGGGUGGCAGCAGCUUCUGGAGUCUCUAGACUGAAGAAGACCAUUACAACAGGAGCGAUUUCUGAGCUUGCUGAGACUCGACUGAAGCCCAGCACAGGAACAGGUUCAGCUGCAAAGCGCACAGGGAUUCCAGCACCCCGGGAAAUAUCAUCAUCUGUAUCCAGAGAGAGAGCCGUAUUGCGUGGUCAAGCCAAUACUAGGAAAACACAACCCAGCCCCACCUCUUCUGGUACACCGACUCCUACCAAACACGUGCGCCCCACUAGCAAGUCCAAGCAAGAGAAUGAAACUGGUGACAAGGCUGUUCUGGAAUCUCAGGUUAAAGAACUUCUGGCAGAAGCAAAGACGAAAGAUUCUGAAAUUACCAAACUUCGUUGUGAAUUGAAGAAAUGCAAGGAGAAGGGGUCACUUAAUGCUGAAGGAAUGGGUGCUUCCAACCAAAAUUUAGAAACAGUAUCACCUCUUGAUACAGAUCCAUUAAUACGGACCCUUCAGGAAAAAAACAGGACUUUUCAAAAAGAGCUUGCUAGCCUGGGAGAAGAAAAUCGUGUUUUGAAAGAGAAGUUGCUUUAUCUAGAGAACUCUCCUCUCUCAGACACAACAACAAGCAGUGGAGGUGACAGCAGCCUCCCAACCCCAACUACCCAAGAAUCCAGUUUUGGAAGCCCAUCAAAAAAUGUGUUGAGAGGUGAAAUGAAUGAGCACAGGCAGCAUGUAAAUGGGGGUGCACUGCGCAAUUCAGGUUCUUCCAGCAGUGAUGUAACUAAAGCUUCCCUGUCACCUGAUGCAUCUGAUUUUGAACAUAUAGCAGAUGUACCUUCCAGGCCAACAUCCUCCAACAGCAACCACUUCAAAGGUUCCAAAUGCUCUACUACAGGAAGUUCUCCAAACAAUAUUAGUGACCUUUCUGUUGCAUCUCUUACAGAGAGGAUACAAAAAAUGGAGGAGAAUCACCACAGCACAGCAGAGGAACUACAAGCCACUUUGCAGGAGCUGUCGGAUCAACAGCAAAUGGUGCAGGAGCUGACAACAGAAAAUGAGAAGCUGGUGGAAGAGAAAGCUCUCCUGGAGACUUCCUUUCGUCAACACAGAGAUAGAGCAGAACAGCUGAGCCAAGAAAAUGAGAAGCUAAUGACUCUCCUCCAAGAGCGAUCCAAGAAUGAAGAAAGCAGAGCUCAGGAGGGCAAAGUCCUUGAACUGGAACAGAAAUGUGCAGAAGUUCUUGAAAAAGCACAAUUUGAAAGAGAGAAGUUGCUCAACAUUCAGCAACAGUUAACCAGCAGCCUACGAAGCUUAGAAAGGGAGCAUCAAGAUGCCCAGCAGGUGAUUAAAAGCCUGAAAGAAGAAAAUGAGAAUCUGCUUAAACUUCUGGAAGUGGAGCAGCAGAGCAACGGCACAGUGACAAAAACUCUGGAGGACUGUAAAAUUGCCUUAGAAGGUCUAAAAAUUGAGAAUAGUUCUCUCAAAACUCAGCUAGAGAGUGAAAAACAAAAGGCAGCAGAAAUCAAUGUGAUGGGAUGUACUACUGACAACUCUGAGGCACAAGAGAUGCUGAAAGUAGCCCACGCAGAAAAGGAUCAGUUAGAAGCAUCUUGCACUGAGCUUAAACAGGAGCUACUGAAGGCAAACAGUGAACUAAAGCAUGUUCAGGGUCUGCUAUCUAAGGCUGAGAAUGAGUGUGGUCAGCUGAAGGAGGUGUGUGACCGGCAGGCUGAGCAACUGAGCAGAACCAGCCAGAAGCUGCAGGAAAAAACAUCAGAGAAUGAAGCAGAUAUCAAAAACCUGAAAGAGACCAUUUUUGAGUUGGAGGACCAGGUGGAACAACAUCGUGCUAUAAAACUUCACAAUAACCAGCUCAUCAGUGACCUAGAAAGUAAAGCAAUGAAACUGGAAGAACAAAAACAAGAUACAGAGAGACAGCUGAAGGCUCUGACUAAGCAAAUGAAGGAAGAUACAGAAGAGUGGAGGCGUUUUCAAGCUGAUCUGCAGACUGCAGUGGUUGUAGCCAAUGAUAUUAAGUGUGAAGCCCAGCAGGAGCUUCGUAUGGUAAAGAGGAAGCUUCAGGAGGAAGAGGAGAAGAGUGCCAGACUGCAGAAGGAGCUGGAUGAAGUGAAGGGCAGCAACAGGCUGACAGCUGAAGAGGUAGAAUCUCUAGAGUCAGAUACAACCAACCGCUGGCAAGGAGUCUGCAUUAGCAGAGCAUCUCCCACACCAUCAGAAUCUGCAGCCACUGUGAAGUCAUUGAUAAAAUCAUUUGACUUAGGAUGCUCAGGUAGCACUGGACAAAAUGUCACGGUUCACAAGGUCCCGAGGAGCCCUCUAAGUGGAAUUCCAGUGAGGACAGCCCCAGCAGCUGCUGUUUCCCCCAUGCAGAGACAUUCAGUUUAUAAUAAUGCCAAGCCAGCCAGCAAGGGUGUUGCCAGACACGCAGAUCUUUCAGACCUUCCUCUUGCAGACCUUCUGAAGGGGAGGAAUGAAGAGCUGAAACCAGACCAUUACCUCCGUAAAAGCCCCUCCCUGGAAUCCCUGAGCAAACCGCCGAUGGCCUUCAGCAGCAGAAUGCUUAGCUCUACACCCAGCAGCUUGAAACCCCAAAGCAAACUCAGUGUGGAGAGAAAGGACCCACUGGCAGCCCUGGCCCGGGAGUAUGGUGGUUCGAAGAGGAAUGCUCUAUUGAAAUGGUGCCAAAAGAAGACUGAAGGUUACCAGAAUAUUGAUAUUACCAACUUCAGCAGCAGCUGGAGUGAUGGGCUGGCCUUCUGCGCUCUUCUGCACACGUAUUUGCCUGCACAUAUUCCUUACCAGGAGCUCAACAGCCAGGAUAAAAAAAGAAAUCUGCUGUUAGCAUUUCAAGCUGCUGAAAGUGUAGGCAUCAAACCCAGCCUGGAACUCAGUGAGAUGAUGUACACAGACCGGCCAGACUGGCAGAGUGUGAUGCAGUACGUCGCCCAGAUUUACAAGUACUUUGAGACCUGAAAUGCAGAGCAAGAGGUGGACAGAAGUGGGGAAGAGAACAAAGAAUGCUACAGAUGCACUCGAUCACUUUAAAAACCCGCUUGCUCCUCUUCCACAAACAACCUAAGCUCUUAGUUUGAAAGAAAGCUCUUCCAUAAUUUUGAUUACAUCUGGGACUGUAACCAAAUAAAUAUCCAUUGUCCGUCUAUACAAACCAAAUUCAUCUGUAAUUUUGUUCCCACGUGGAAAUUGCAAAGCAUUUUCAAACACACAUGAGAUAUUUCUGAAGAAGAUCUCUUGUGCUAUACAAUGUUUGCUUCAAACCAGACUCCACCAACAGGAAAACUGCUACAAAGUGAAGUUCUAAAUCAGUGUGGACUAUGCUGGCACUCAAGGGAGGCUGGGAGAUUAAUAUUAAUACAAAAGCUCACGAAAAUGCUGCUCUUGCCAAAACAUGCCUAGCUCAUCCCAAAUACAUGUUGUUUUCUUCCCUCCGUAUAUUUUGUAAAACAUCAUGACAGAUGCACAUAAAUGUGUAGAACCUUAACCUGAGUCAUUCUUACACAUCUGACCUCAUAAGUAUAUUAGUUUGCUUGUCAUAGCUUAGCCGGCAGGAUAAUAACAGGAUCAUUUAUAAACAUUCUCUGUUCUAUCACCAGUUAGUGAAAGAACUCUAAAAGCUCCUGUUAGGUGCUGGGACUUCAUUUCAGAUCAAACAGAAGUAAUCUCUUUGAGGAAAACUAGGUUUAUUACUACAAUUUCAUUACUUGAUUACUAUGGGAAGCCAGAGCUCGGUUUCCCAGCUGACUGUGCAGGCGCAGUUGCCAUAGGAAUAUUGCAAAUGCAAUUUAUUAGCUUUAGUUUGCAAAGUGCCAGUAAUCAGGUGAUGAUUCUCUAAGCAAUACAUCCCAGUAGUUCAUAUUUUUGUGGAUUGAGUGGAGUAACUUCUUUCUUCUCUGAUCCUGUGUAAUCAGCACAGAUAUGUAAUUGCUGUGUAGAGGCAUGAAUCUUGAGACAGCCUGUGCUCUGUCCAAUAAAAUGUACUCCAUAGAGCACUGUUAUAUGCUUGAAGUGAUGUUACCCUGUAAAGGAACACAGUAAUAUACUUGUACCAAUGGAAGUUGCAACUUCACAAGUUACAAAUCAUGUAACUGGAAUCGCUCUGUGUCAUAGAAAUCUCUAAGGCGCCAGAGAAUAGCUUUCCAGUUCAAUAAUACUGUUAGUAAAAUCUCUGAAAGAUACUGUUUAAUUUCCAUUAUAUCGUUUCUCCUGUUUCACUUCAUGAAGUUAAAUUUUCUGUUUCUCUCCAAGGAUAGCAAGGUCAAACAGGCUGCUUAAUUUGCUCUAGGAGCAGGGCUUGGAGAGCACGCUUUGUACAGGAUCUCAUAGAAGGCUGCCUUAGCUGCUUUAGAUUAUGCUGGUAGAAGAAAGUUGUUGUUUAGUUAGCGUGUUUAACCCUGUGGCCAGACUUGAUGCUUUGUGAAUGUUAAUCAUAAGAAGCUAAGGGUCAUUUCUCUCUUACAAAAAAUAAUAGUGUGUGCUCCCUGCUCUUAACUCCUGAAAAAAGGCUCAUGAAAUAGAAACAAGCAAUUUCACAGAAGAAACUUAGUUUCAGGUUUUCUGGGGCUUUGCAGGUGGCUGAUUUCAGUCUCUGGCCUCCCCACAGUGUUUGGUUGGUUUUUUUUUUUUUUUUUUUUUUUUUUUAAAAUACUAUUUAAUUAAUCAACCUCUUUCAGACUUUGGUUUUCUCACAGCAAAAUACAGAAUUAACGGAUAGAUGACAGUGGCCAAGGUCAGUGAGUGUACUGAACAGAAAGGAAGUUGGAGGAACGCAGUGUAUGCCUAUUUUGCAGGAGGAGAAAAGCAUCACUUGCUCUUAGUUUUAGUCUGACAUUCAUUCUAAUCCAUCGCCCCCAGGAAAGUCUGAUUCCAAUCUUUUGAGAGUCUGUGUGAUAAAAAAGGACAGUGGCACGCACUUACAGUGCCCUUGCACUCUUUGUGUCAUCCUAUACUGUGAGAAAGCCGUUGUAAAUGCUGGCCAGAGAUAUUCUUUGCAAGAGAGUGCUUUCUAGAUUGAAUUAACUCUCCAGCAUUUUUCAGUGUACACUGUCAUCCCCAGAGAACAUAGGAUGAGUUGCUCUAAGUGUUCUCAGAUACAAGUCUCCUGUUAUUUGAUAAGAUGGAAGAGAAAAAUAGCUGCUAAGCAGAGUUUGUUUAGGAAAGCAGUCACACUGCAGAGCUCCCUUGCCUUGUGGAUGCAGCAGGCUCUUCUCCCUUGAGGUGACCAUUGGCAGAGGUCCCAAUUCUCUCCAACGGGCUGUAGUUCAAAGCGUAAUGAAGUCAACACAGAAAAUUCUGUAUUCCUCAGUGGGCUUUGGAUCGGGUACUUGCAGGGAUGAGAAAAACUGUUUUAAUUCCCAGCAUCUGGUAAACAGUUCAAAGUCAGAGGGCCACACUUGAUCUAAAAAAGAAAGAUAAUCUUAACCCUCUGGUCACUGGAAGUGUGUGUUCCAUGUGACUGUCAGAUGUACACUAACUAUGUAUGUUAUCUAUUGUGUCAGUAUCAUUUGCUUCAAGCGCUGUUCUGACAUUUAUUCUAAUCUGUAUCUCCAAGACUUACUCUAACCUUACAAACCAUUCUGUUGGAUCUAGCAUCUUUUUUUUCCAAAUUAUUUUCACUAAGCAAUGUUUCUGUCAUCUCUUUUCAGCUUAUUCUCCCAUGCCCCCCAGUAGCAUAGACCAAACACUAAUUCUACCCAAUUCUAAUGGUAUAUUCUUAACAGUUUUUUACUUACCUAGGAGUUAGAACAAGGAGCUCUCUGUUAGUAGAGAAGAUACUCAGUUUCACCAUUUGCUUAAUGUUACUUUUCAGUCCUCAAACCUGCAAAACAUCUCAUUUUGAAAUGCUGACACUUUGAGAUCGAGAGAUGCUCUUCCAGAUUAUUUUUUGAGAUUUUUUUUAAGAAUAUUGUUUAUUUGUUCAUUUAAGUGUUACAGUAUUGUGUAUUUUUUCUUCCUUUUGAACCUUGCACAGUUACAUUUCUAGAUCUGGAUUUUCAGAAAUUACUGUUGUGUUUUUCAUGCUGCCUUAAAAUUUGAGUAUGAAUUUAAAUUUGUCCCACACAAGAUGCUGCAGACCAGCCUGAUUUUCAGAAAAUCUCCAGGCCCUUGUAAGACAUCUCAAAUUGGGACUGCAAAACUAAAAUUCUAGCUGUCUUUAAAAUUAGAGAGUUUGUUAAUUAAGUUAAGCUAGAAGGUGUAAGGAUAGUCUUCACAGAAGUUCUGAGUAUCAUCUGAAAAUGUCCUAGAAUGGAACAUGUGAUGCUAUGACAUGGAUGGUAUAAUGUGUUGUAUUUUUGCCUAAACUGCCUAAAUCCUUUCUGAAUUUGCCUCUCAGGAGUGAUGGAUCUUUCCCUGGUGCAGGCAGAUGAAAUCUCUUCGCCGUGUCACCAUAUGCUCCCUAAAUAUGCAGUCACUCUUAAACAUACCUGCACAUGCUUGUAUGUGUGUACUUGGGUAGUCUGUCAGACUACAAGAAACCAAAUAGCUGAUUUGGGAUGAGCACGUGAGAAGAAUGGUUAGGAUGGGAUUCCGUGGAGGGAUAUAGCAUUGUGUGACUGGUGUACUAUAGCUGUUAUGGAGGAAAGGAGACUAAAGUGUGAAAAGUAUACAAUCUGAUUCCCAGAAUUUCUGGUGAGUCAUAGAAGAUACAAAUUGUUUCAUGGCUUGGGAAGGUACAGAGGCGUUGAGAAGUGAGCCCAGAGUCAGCCCUCUAAGAAAGUUUUCUAGAAAGGCUGAUGAGCUGUUUCUGAAAGUACGCAGUAAACGGAACGGAGUGAAAGUCCAGCGUGUGAGGAGAGGGGCAUAUAUGGGACAUACAUACCUUGGCCUUUGUGGACAGCAAAGGGCACCAACUUGAGAGCCCUUACUGUCAUCUUGAGUGACGUUUCUCCUAAGAGUGCGUCCUGGGGUGGAUCUCGGAUGAUGAGAGGGAAAAGAGCGCAGAGCUUGCUGCCUUUGCCAGGUUCCCCUUCCUGUGCCUGUGACAGUCACGGAAAUGCAAAGGGGACAAAGAUUUCCCAGUUCUUCCUGUGCUGCACAAGGCAGCUGUACUGAGCAGUGAUUUUUGACUUAUGCACGUUCUCCGGUUGUCUCUGUGAGACACAUUCUCUGAGUUUUGGCAGUGUUUCUUUUUGUAAUUCGAAGUUUGUUUUCUACAGGUUUUCUCUAUGAUUUUUCUUGUUUUGUAUGUGCAACCAGUUAUGUGCAAGUUUUCUGUCCAAACCAAGUGUAUGCUGGCAGAAUGAUUGGUUCUCCCCUGUUCGAUUCCUGACCUGGAACUCUUAAAAAUCUACCUUUUUGCUUCACUGACUUUCCCCUUUACUUGGGAAGGGGAAUGAAAACACGAGCAUUGGCUCAUUAGUUUGUCUGUAUCUCCCUCAUCUUUCUGUGUUUAUGGUACCAGGUCUUCCAGCAGGAAGUAUCUGACGGGGCAGCUGUUUGCAGAGCUGUGCCUUGUGUAUCUGAUAAAAGGCAGAGCCUGGAUGGGAUGAGAUUAUGCAUUUUCCUGUCAGAAGAGGGCUUUUGCCUAAAAAGACUCAGGGCACUGAGCAUUAAGACGUUUUUAAACCCAGCAAUAACUUCUACUAUGCUAGACUGUAUUGGUUUUUACCGACUCCAGUGCCAUUUAGACUCACUCACCAAUAUGGUGUAGAAUCAAGCUUAUAACUGAACUGCAAUUCACAUUUUUCUCAACUGAUGGUCUCUACAUUUUUGACUUGCACAUGUGCCAAGUUCCACUGGGCAAUGCUGGACACAAUGUUUUUAUUGAUUGGUGGUCCAGGCUUGAGUUUGUCAUAUGAGAUAAUCCCCUCUAACAGUUAAGUACUUUCAGCUUUCUCUAUUGGGUACAGAUGUUACAUCAUCACCUAAUUUAUACAAAGAGCACAUUAGAAUGUAUAUACUAGGCAUUGCCAAAUUUGGACAUGCUAAUAUUUAAAGAUUAACAUUAUUAAAAUGUAUGAUGCAAAAAUCUGUGUAAUAUUUCUAAUAAAUCUUUUCUGUUUCUGA